GUCGAGAAGUUAUGCGAAAAAAAUGCAAUACUAACAAUUCUGGAAAAAUAUAAAAUAACAAUAUUUGAAACCGAAAAACAGUUCACUGUAGAAUAUUCGGCUCAUAAUUUCCUUUAACCAACCGUGGCCAACCAUAACCAGUGGUCAACUUUUUUUAAAGACUUUUUUCACUCCUACACACACUUCUGGAAUGGGAGUGGGUGAGAGAAAUCAUCUAUAUAUAGAGUUCUGUAUAGAAGCAUUGAUCGUCACUUGUAACAAUUAAUUAACAAACUCUCAAAUUAACCUUCGUCCUCCUCUUCAACUCCUAUAGUAACCACUCCAUUUCUAGACACUUCUUAAAUACCUUUGUUUCUCUGUUUCCAUGGCUCCAAGCUUGAACAAGAAUGCUUCACAAGUAAUGGCCAGCAGGGGCGGACCCAUGUGUAAAGUUUGGGUGCUCCGGCACCCAUUAAACUUAAUCACGGAGUGUAUAAUUGUAUAGAAAAUAUAAAGGAAACAGAUAUAAAUAGUUAAUAGAGCACCCCCGAACUCAAAAUUCCUGAGUCCAGCACCCCCGAACUCAAAAUCCUGGGUCCGCCUCUGAUGGCCAGGCUAAUAGAUGAUAACACAAAGCCUUUGUCCAUCACCCUUGAAGGCACUGAGUUUUUAGCCAAUGGUCAUCCUAUACUUACUCAUGUCCCUGCUAAAAUCAUUGCCACUCCAUCACCAUUCAUCUCCAAAGAUUUUACAAUCGGCUGCUUCGUCGGAUUUGACUCCGACGGGGCCAGAAGCUGCCACGUGGUCCCUAUAGGCAAGCUCAAGAACAUAAGGUUCAUGAGCAUAUUCAGGUUCAAAGUAUGGUGGACCACACACUGGGUGGGCCAAAAUGGCAGAGACAUUCAACACGAGACACAAAUGAUAAUACUAGACAAAUGAAACGGCCGUCCUUAUGUUUUGCUACUUCCAAUUCUAGAAGGUUCCUUUAGAGCCUCAUUCCAACCUGGACAGGAUGAUAAUUUGGACAUUUGCGUGGAAAGUGGAUCAAGUAAAGCUCGUGAAUCCAGGUUUCGGACUUGCAUUUAUAUGCACGUAGGUGAGGAGCCGUACGAAAUGGUGAAAAAUGCUAUGAAGAUUACUAGAUUACAUUUAGGGACUUUUAAGUUGUUAGAAGAAAAAUCUCCUCCAGGUAUAGUUGAUAAAUUUGGUUGGUGCACUUGGGAUGCUUUUUACCUUAAGGUAAAUCCAAAAGGGGUAGGGGAAGGGGUUAAGGGCCUAGUAGAGAGUGGGUGCCUUCCAGGAUUAGUCCUAAUUGAUGAUGGGUGGCAAUCAAUUUGCCACGAUGACGAUGAUCCAAUAACUGAUCAAGAAGGGAUGAACAGGACUGCUGCUGGUGAACAGAUGCCAUGUAGGUUAAUAAAAUUUGAAGAGAAUUACAAAUUUAGGGACUAUGAGAGUCAUAAGGGAAAGGGGAUGAGGGCAUUUAUUGAGGACCUAAAAGAGUUUAAGAGUGUAGAACAUGUAUAUGUGUGGCAUGCACUGUGUGGGUACUGGGGCGGGAUUAGGCCUAAUGUGCCAAACAUGCCAGAUAGUAGGGUCAUUAGUCCUAAGCUAUCACAGGGUUUGCAGAUGACUAUGGAGGAUUUGGCUGUGGACAAGAUUGUGAACAAUGGAGUUGGAUUGGUCCCACCAGAGAAGGUGCACCAACUGUACGAAGGGUUGCACUCGCAUCUUGAAUCAGCUGGGAUUGAUGGAGUCAAGGUGGAUGUUAUUCACUUGCUGGAGAUGUUAUCAGAGGAUUACGGAGGACGAGUGGAACUCGCUAAAUCAUACUACAAUGCCUUAAACGCUUCAAUAAGGAAACAUUUUAAAGGGAAUGGUGUGAUUGCUAGCAUGGAACAUUGCAAUGACUUUAUGUACCUUGGGACAGAGACUAUUUCUCUAGGACGCGUAGGAGAUGAUUUUUGGUGCACUGAUCCAUCUGGUGAUUAUAAUGGGACAUUUUGGUUGCAAGGAUGUCACAUGGUACAUUGUGCUUACAACAGUCUCUGGAUGGGAAAUUUCAUCCAGCCUGAUUGGGACAUGUUCCAAUCUACUCACCCUUGUGCUGAGUUUCAUGCCGCCUCUCGAGCCAUCUCAGGAGGACCUGUAUAUGUAAGCGACUCAGUGGGCAAACACAACUUCCAAUUGCUGAAAACAUUGGUCUUGCCCGAUGGUUCCAGUCUCCGUUGUCAACAUUAGGCACUGCCAACUAGAGAUUGCCUGUUUGAAGACCCUUUACACGAUGGCAAAACUAUGCUUAAAAUUUGGAACCUUAAUAAAUUUAGCGGAGUUCUUGGAGCAUUUAAUUGUCAAGGAGGAGGAUGGUGCCCUGUUUUAAGGAAAAACAAAAGCACGAGUGAGUAUUCAGUGGCAGUGACAUGUUUGGUUAGUCCAAAAGAUGUUGAAUGGAGCAAUGGAAGAAAUCCAAUUUCUGUGGAAGGAGUGAACAUUUUCGCGGUGUACAUGUAUUGCCAGAAGAAGCUAAAGCUCUUGAAGUUGUCUGAUAAUGUGGAGAUUACUCUUCAGCCAUUCGACUAUGAGCUGCUAACGGUAAGCCCUGUAGCAGUGUUGUUGGAAAAAUCAGCACAGUUUGCGCCAAUUGGAUUGCUGAACAUGCUCAAUUCUGGUGGUGCAAUUGACUCUCUUGUGUACAAUGACGAUGAUAAUGGUGAAAGUUCAGUACGAAUAGGAGUGAAAGGGAGUGGUGAGAUGAGGGUGUUCGCAUCUGAGAAGCCGUUAUGUUGUAUGAUUAACGGAGUCUCUGUUGAUUUUAGUUACGAAGAUCAUAUGGUCGUGGUUCAAGUUCCAUGGUUUAAUUCUUCAAGAUUGGCUGAAAUUAAGUAUGUGUUCUGAGCUCUGAUUUCUGAAUUACACAUUCCUGCCCCUUGUUGUAAUUUUACUAAAAUUUUGAAGAUCUUUAAGUGUAAAUUACGAGUUUAAAUCAUAUUGUAAUGCUCCAUUAUGCUUCCGUUUACUUUUCCAUCCUUCAUUUCUCCUGCUGAAAGCUUCAACCGUGGUAACAUCA